AUGAAAAGGUACCCUAUAUCGAAGGACUCUGUCUUGCAGGUACCCUGUGUCAAAGGACUCUGUCUUGCAGCUACCCUGUAUCAAAGGACUCUGUCUUGCAGCUACCCUGUGUCAAAGAGCUGUCUUGCAGGCACCUUGACGCUUGUGCCGCAGAGCCAGUCCUGCCAAGCCACUGGCGACAAUUCUAGACAAAAACACCAGGUGUCCCUCCAGGCGGUGUCCAUGGGGUCACAGGUCUUGUCGGUAGCAGUCAUCCUGUGGUGUCAAUGGAUCCAAAAUGUUCAUGUCACGGCAUCUUCUACAUCUGUACCUUGCACCAACUGUGACGGUAACAACGUGACCUGUGUUGACGGUGUGUGUCCACCUCGUUGUGUCAAUGUGACGUCAUCUGGCGAGUGUCUCCAGUGUCUGGAGUCCCGGUUCUAUGGUAAACAGUGUGAACAUAACUGUCCAGACACCUGUCUCAACUCUCACUGUCAGGUGAACAACACCCGUGUUGUGUGUACAGAGGGAUGUGUGGCCGGCAAGAAGGGAGAUAACUGUGCUGUGAACUGUCCUACAGCCUGUACACAGUGUGAACGUUAUGGUGCUGGUUGUACAGGACCGUGUCAGAAUCCCCAGUAUUACGGUCAACACUGUAGAACACCUUGUCCCUCCAACUGUACAGAUGGAUGUAAUAGGAUCACAGGGGAGUGUGGCAGCUGUGAGCCGGGGUACACAGGGGACAAGUGUGAUGUUACCUGUCCCUACAACUGUACAGGUGGAUGUAAUAGGACCACAGGGGAGUGUGACAGCUGUGAGCCGGGGUACACAGGGGACAAGUGUGAUGUUACCUGUCCCGACAACUGUAAAGGUGGAUGUAAUAGGAUCACAGGGGAGUGUGACAGCUGUGAGCCGGGUUACACAGGGGACAAGUGUGAUGUUACCUGCCCCCCCAACUGUAGAGGUGGAUGUGAUAGGAUCACAGGGGAGUGUGGCAGCUGUAAGCCGGGGUACACAGGGGACAAGUGUGGUGGAAGACGUAUUCAAGAUGGUAAGCUGGAAUGGCUAAUGUGA